UGAACGUCAACAACCACUACGCGAGGGGACUCCCCUCGUCAAAUCCGCGGUAGGAGUUCCAGCACGAGGGGACUCCCCUCGUAGUCCUACAUAAGGGCACGCUGGCUGUCUUCAGGUCCUACACGAGGGAACUCCCCUCGCAAAGGCCGACACAAGGGGCACGCUGUCUCCAGUUCCAGCACGAGGGGACUCCCCUCGCAAGUCCUACAUACUAGGGGCACGCUGGCUGUCUUCAGGUACUACACGAGGGAACUCCCCUCGCCAAGGCCGACACAAGGGGCACUCUGUCUCCACGAGAGGGCAAGUCCGACACCACAGUGGUGUUCCUCCAUCAAGUCCGACACCAGAGGAAGUUCAAGUCCGGCACUUUGGAGUUUCUCACCCGACCUGACACAUGGGGACACGGGCCCGUCCUGACGUGAACAAGAUCAGCUGUUCAGUGAAGUCGCCGAAAGACUGGGACACGAGAAGACAAGAACACCGAAACAGCACCUCGAAAUACUUUCUGGCUCAGCGGAGAUGUGCGACCUUUACGACGCUCAAAAAUAGAGACGGGGCAGAGACAGGCAUCUGUAAAGAGCUUGACCGUCUGUUGGAAGAGGAGCUCGAAAGUGUCGAGAUCGCCGUCUAAAGAUCAACUGUGGGGGAGAGGAAGCUUGUAGGUGGAAAUAAAGGCCGAGGACGCUCUCGUGGUGCCCGUGCAGGCGGAAGAUGACGUGGUCGAGUAGCUAGAUUGAGACCUCACCGCUCUGCUCUUUAAGUCUCAUUUCUUUAAAUCUUAGCCAAAAUGUAUUGAAUGGUCUUUGUUUUCUGUUAUUCCAUAGCCAAAUGUUUGUGCUUUUGUGUUUCAUAGUAUCAGUGCCAUCAAACAUACCAUGAUGCUUUUCUUGUAGAUAGUAGCAUAACGGAUACGUGCAGAAUUGAAAAAAAAGUUUAAAUGAAGUACCUUUUGGAUUGUAAAUAUCGAUAGACCUGUGCCUGGUUUGGAUAUCAUAUACUGUAAGUGAAACUGUCUAUAUCAUCUCAAAGGGAAAAGGAAACCGUUAAAUGAAUUUAUCAUAUUUCUUUUCGUUUAAGCUAUGUUUUGGGCAGAGAUCUAGUCACGUGUAACCAUGGAAAAGUAACUAUGGCUUUAUCAUGUUCAUUUAUUUAUAUUCAUAGGAGCGUCUGGAAUAUAUGACAUGUAAUAUAGAACUCUUCUUGCAUACUUAUUGUCGAUGACCUGAGUGUAAUGGACUAUAAUACACUGAUCAAAAGUUCA